CGCGCGUAUCGGCGACGCGCGCUGCUCAACGCGGCGGCGAUUAUCGCGUCCGUGCUCGAGGGUUCAGUCGGAUCGGACUGUUCGACGAGGGACGGAUCAGUCGCCGAAGAAUGACAAGGGAGGCCGUUUCACAGUGUCCGAUUGACGGAAGAACGGCUACCGAAGCGAAGCGUGUCUCGUAUUCACCGCAGCCGUGAGAGCUGUUCAAAAUACGGCCAAGCGAAAUAUCUCGUCUCAAGAUUGUCCCCCUCGCACAGCCACACACGGGGGGCUUUCAUCCUGUCAGAACGAGCCGCCUCGAUCUCUCCUCUCCGUAAUUCGAUUAACGAGAGCAACCGGAGUAAAUUGUUAGCCCACGCGAGUGUGCAUAUCGUUUCCCGUCGUCACGAUACGCGAGUAAACCAUCGCUACGACGCGCUGCAAAAUGUCAUCGACACGCUCCCAUGACGUUCGCCUCGUGUGAAAAUCCCCGAUAUCGCCGCUCAACAUUGACGCGUGGCAUUAUUAUCGCGGGAAAUUGCCGCGCUUGUCGUUAACGACCGCUGAGACGAAUAACGUUGGUUUCAGAUGCGAGGUCUCCGCUUCUAUUUUCCCGCAUCGUCGAACUUCCUGCGCGUACGGGUUAAGAAGGAGCAUUUCCCGCUCGUGUAAACGCGGUCAUUGUGCUCGACGGGUUAAAGGCGAAUCAUGCAUUCGACGGCCGCUGCGUCUUGUGUCACGACCGCAUAAAUGUAUCUCGCUCGCAAUAUGGAGUGCGACACCUCCGUAUGAUUUACGAUUAGAAGUGUAUCUCAGCUUUCACGUACACAGAGAGAGACACACACAGGCACGCACACAGGGAAGUAAAAUCACGAGGACAUUACAGAUCCAUGUAUAACAAAUAUGUACUGACGUGUGCUUCGACGUGUGGAAACCUUUUACGGUGACACCUGGUCUUGUGUCAUGCGGAACAGAUCGGUUACUCUCAUCUUCGUGUCCCUUGUCUUAUGGGCUGUGGUUACAUACUUUAUAUUUUUGGACCAACCGGUCGGCAAGGACCAGGAUAAGGUGGAUAAACUGUCGAAUCAGAUUAGCAGAUUAGAAAAGAAAGUAAAGCAACAGAUAAUUAUAAAUCAGGAGCUUCUCGAAGGACUCAAUGAGAAUAAACGACGUAAAAAACAAUAUGAGAAAUCAAGCGCUGCCCAAUUGCCAAUAGAUGAGACGGAGAAAGACAAAUAUAAAAAACAUGAGAACAAUAAUGUUAAGAGUAUCUUGUUGAAAAAGAUAGAAGAUAGCAAUGCCAGAAAUAAGCCAACACACGAUACUAUUUUACCUGACGAGCCAGUGCACGAUGUUACCUCGGUGCAAAAGCUACCCGAUGGAUCUCCAGUAAUAGCUAUUUUGGUUGUUUCCUGUAAUCGUAUUACGGUAGAGCGAUGUUUAGAUCAAUUAAUAAAAUUAAGACCCAGCAAAGAACAGUUCCCGAUAGUUGUAUCGCAAGAUUGUGAUCAUCGACAAACAGCAGAUGUCAUAGCAAGAUAUGGAAAUCAGUUAUUACAUAUAAAGCAACCUGAUCAAUCAGAUAUUGACAUACCACCUAAGGAAAAGAAAUUUAGAGGAUACUUCAAAAUCGCUCGACACUAUAAAUGGGCGUUAAACCAAGUAUUUGUAAAACUUGGAUACAAUACUGCAAUUAUAGUUGAAGAUGACUUGGAUGUUGCUCCAGACUUCUACGAGUACUUCCUGGGGACUUACCCCCUUUUAGUAAAUGAUAGCUCUCUAUGGUGUGUGUCAGCAUGGAACGAUAAUGGUAAAGCCAAUUUAGUGGACGAGCACGCACCACAUUUACUUUAUAGGACAGAUUUCUUCCCUGGCUUAGGUUGGAUGCUUACGCGUGAUUUAUGGCUGGAACUCGCACCAAAGUGGCCCAAAUCGUAUUGGGACGAUUGGGUAAGGCAACCGGAGCAACGUAAGAAUAGAGCUUGCAUCCGCCCGGAAAUAUCGCGAACUAGGACAUUCGGGAAACUUGGAGUUAGCAACGGCUUAUUCUUUGAAAAACACUUGAAGUAUAUCAAGCUGAAUGAACAAUUUGUGCCUUUCACCAAGAUGAAUCUAUCCUAUUUGCUAAAAGAUAAUUACGAUAUAGCUUUCGUCAAUGAUGUGUAUCAGUCGACGGUGGUUAGCUAUUCGGAAUUGAAGAGUGGGAACAUAGUUGCUCCUGGUCCAGUACGGAUACCCUAUUAUACUCGUCAAUCGUUUAAGAAUACCAGCAAAUUGCUCGGUUUAAUGGACGAUUUUAGAAGCGGUGUACCCAGAUCUGGAUACCGUGGCGUGGUUACGUUUUUCUAUAACGGACGACGCGUGCAUUUAGCACCGAGUGCAAACUGGAGCGGCUAUGACAUCACAUGGAGCUAACACAUGAUUGUGCUCUCGAGAGACUUGUAGAUUCCAGGAAUGCUCCGUGCAUUUUUUUCCUUCGAUAAGCAACAGACUAGGCGAACGAUAUUGUUUAUGAUGAACUGACAGUUACUUCUGUUUACGUCGUAAGACUAUACUGUUGGGGAUAUAGCGGCGUAACAUUAUUCGUCGAUUUCGGAAAAUGUGCGACUUUUCCCGUAAAAGCUAUUAACAUAUUCUUUAAUAGGUAUAUAAGUUUGUGAUAUAUAUACGAAUGGAGUGAGUACCUCGUUGAAUAAGGAAGUAUCUCGUGCUUCUCAAGAGUUGCACCCACCACUUUUUACGUGCAUGCAAGUGACUGACGAAUUUUACUACGAAAGUGUGUGAGGAAAUUUGUCACGCUUCAUGUACAUAAAAUGCCGUAGCGUUGAUGAAGCAAUACUUUCGAUUAAUUAAUGUAUCUUCCAAAACGAGAAUAUGUUAAUAUAUUUUUGCUCAUGCUGCUUUUGUGGCGAUAAGUUUUGUUACAAGGUCAUUUGUCAUGAUGAACGAAGUAUAUAGUUUUUUUCGAAAAACUCAA